UGCAGCAACCGGAGAGGAGCCGAGUGCACGCGAGAGAGCAGCGCCUGACUAGUGCCGCCGUCAUGUCCCGCCUGCUGCCGCCUGCCGCUGACUGGUGCUGUGAGGAGCUGCCCUCAGAGCCGUACCUGCUGGAUGCCAGUGACCCCAGAGCCUGGCUCUCCGCCUCCUCACUGCAGCCGCCACACGACUACCUGCUGCCGCAGCCCGGGCGGGCACACAAGGUGCGGGACCUGUGCAAGAGGCUUCGGGCUGACGACGAAGAAGACGACGAGGACGAGGACGACGGGGAGGCGCUGUGCAAGCAGCGGGCACCGGGCAAGGGCAAUGGGGUGCAGAAGCAGCGAAGACUGGCAGCUAAUGCCCGGGAGAGGAGGAGGAUGCACGGUCUCAACCACGCGUUCGAUCAGCUCCGGAAUGUCAUCCCCUCCUUCAACAACGACAAGAAGUUGUCAAAGUACGAGACCCUGCAGAUGGCCCAGAUCUACAUCAAUGCCCUGUCCGAUCUGCUGCAGGCGCCCCCCGAGCACUCCGCACAGUGCCCACCUUACCCCCUGCACCCGCUGGAGCCGCUCACCUUCCAGUCCUCCUCACCAUCACCCGGGGCCGGGGCAUCCUCCGGGGAGGACCACAAGACGUCUCCAAGGUCUCACCGGAGUGACGGAGAGUUCUCCCCACACUCCCACUACAGCGACUCGGACGAGGCCAGCUAGAGUGCCCGGGCACCACGGACUGGGCACAGCCCCAUGCCCAAGUGUCAAGAGGACUGUCUAUAGCAUUGCCAUCCUGAUCGUCACCAUGACUGCCGCUCAAUGGGUUCACUCCUAUCUUCAGCAUACCAAUGCUUGCCCUGGUACUAGAACUCUGCCAACUGCCAUGUUGUCUUUUCUUACCCACUCUACCAGUGUCCAUGCCCAAUAAUACAUCCAUAUGUCUUCCAGGCCCGUGUAUAUAGCUGGACUGCCCCUGUAAAUACUAAAGAAAUGCUAGUUUUCUACUAUAUAUAUGCCCGAAUUUCUAUAGCUUCUUGCACUUUAACAGCCAACCAUGGCAAAGAGAACACUAAAUGUGGAGAGCAGGAAAUGCCAACCUGUCCCACUGUAACUCUGCCACUUGUAACUCCUGUCCGGAUGAGGGGAAAGCGUUUGCUGGUGUCAAAGUUUUUAGGACUUAUUACUUUGGAUUGUCAUGUUAUUAGCUCAUCGUCAUUGUUAUUAUUUAUUCCUGCCUUUCCAUGUUUUGUUUGUAUUUUUUACUUUUUCUAUGAAAAAAACAAAAACAAAAAAACGAAACAAAAGGUUGUUUUAUGUUUAUUUAGUACAGUUCACUGCCAUUGCUUGUUUACCAUUUGUGGAGACAAAU